AUGGAGGAAGCUAACAAUGGGGAAGAUAGAGACAACAAGUUCUUAAGGAAGGCGGUUGAAGAAGCAUAUAAAGGUGUUGAAUGUGGAGAUGGAGGCCCCUUUGGUGCUGUUGUUGUACAUAAUGAUGAAGUACUUGUGAGUUGUCACAACAUGGUCCUGAGGAACACAGACCCAAUUGCCCAUGCUGAGGUGACAGCAAUAAGAGAGGCAUGUAAACAGCUGAAGCAGAGUGAACUUGCCGACUGUGAAAUAUAUGCAUCUUGUGAGCCUUGCCCCAUGUGCUUUGGUGCCAUCCAUCUUUCAAGGAUCAAGAGGCUGGUGUAUGGAGCCAAGGCUGAAGCAGCCAUUGCUAUUGGUUUUGAUGAUUUUAUUUCGGAUGCAUUAAGUGUAAACUUUGUAAGCUGUUGUAACUUGAACACUAACCUUGUUCUGCCAUUGAAGUCUUUAUCGAAUACUUGGGAGACAACUCUUCUCUAA